AUGAAGCUGGCGAUGAUGAUGAUGAGUGCUGUGCUCUGCCUGUACUCGUUCGCGGGGGUGGGUGCGCGGCCCCUGGAGUCGGCUGACUCCGCCCGGCCGAUCCCGGCGAGCGCCGGCGCCCGCUUGGUCGAAGCCCCCGCUUCCUCCCCGCCCUCAACCUCAACCAACACGCCCAACUCGCUCCAGCUGGCCCGCAGCCAGCAUGACCAGCUCCUCCUCGACUACCCCCCCAAGUCCCCCGACGAGCUCUCCAGCCAGUCGGCAACCAGACACCUCCUAUCCUCCCCCGCCCCGCUCUCCUUCAACACCCUCCAGAAACAUGCCCCCGAACUGACCACCAUCCCCCUCCAUCUGCCCAAGCCCCAACAGCCAUCCGCUCUCAGCCAGCCCUCCAGCGAGCAACUCGACCUGCUCGCCAGCUUCUCGGAAGAAUGCCGCAAGAUGUUCUACACCGGCGACCCUACCGCCACCAAGAACGUCGAGUAUAUCAUCAAAAACCUGCCCGCCGCAUCCAAGGCUGCAUAUACCAAGCAGAUGGCCACCGUCCGCUCCCAGUUCCACAGAGACGCAGCCAGCUCGAGACGGGCCGAGGUCGACAAACUCUUGCACGACACCCUGCCCUCAUCGAUCAUCAUCAAGGCCGUCGGAAACGACUCCAGUCUGUGGGCGAUGCGCUCCCCCCGGGCCCGUCAGGAACGACUCGACCGACUCAAAAAGUUCAUCAAUGCCCACUGUGUCCGGAACAUGGUCGGCGCCCAUCCCUUCUUCAAUUCCCUCUGUGCGGUCCUCCAUCUCUUGAGCUUACCCGCUAGGAAAGCGGGCUCAGGCAAACGAAGGGUGGAGUGGGAGAUCGAUCUCGCCCUGUUCUGUGAGGCGGGCGGCGAGCCGUUCUUGGUGGACAGCAUCCAGUUCCUCAAAGGCGUGCUCGGAUUCGAGGACCAUCUGAAGCCGCUGGUGGCCUGCUCACUGCGGACGUCGUUUGCGACGAGCACGAACACGUAUUCGGGGGAGGACUCGGAGGACGAGGAUGGGGGGAUGGAUGUGGUGAUAGGCCAUGCGGAUGGGGACGACGGGAUGACGCUGGAGGAGCGCCAGGAGAUGGAGCUGGACUCGAUGCUGGGCGGCGGGGGCGAGGGCCCGUUUGCAGACACGAGCACCGACGAGGGCUACGGCCAGGCGCACGUGCUCAAGGGCAAGACGACCCUCAAGCAACCAUCGGCUGACCUCCGCCCGCACGACUCGGCCCCUCUCCACCGGCGCUCGCCCACCCAGAACUCGCUCGACGCCCCCCCGCCCACGGAGACCCGCAUCUUCCGCUCGCCCUCCUACCUCACCGUCCCCGAACUCCGCGACCUCAUCAGCGCCUUCCCCAGCUUCAUCCGCCUCCGCACCAAGCCCCUCAAGUUCGACCGCGCCGGCAUCCUCGACUCCUCCUCCGACCCCGACCCCCAUCGGCCCGACAACGCCGACCCCGCCGCCAAGCGCCUCCGCCAGACCCACCCCUCCAAGCUCUUCGGCCAGCCCUCCGCCUCGGCCCCCGCCGUCGGCGCCCAACAGUCCUCCUUCCACGGCCACGGCCUCAUCAGACUCUCCGUCUUCGAGAAAGACCCCGGCUGGAAAGGCUCGUUCCUCGAACGCAUCAAAAUGUUCUUCUUCCGCUUCUUCAAACUGUAG